GUCAAAGUCAGACACCCCAUGUCUUAUGCGCUUAAACUUCUCAGUCGGCUCCACGCGUCUUUGUUGGUCCUCCUCCUUACUCCAACUCAAAAAUAUUCUUCCAAACCAAACCAAAAAAAAACCUAGUCGCUGCUACAACCGAAUCGCAAUUCAGCUUUGGGUUCUCCCUCCUGGGUAAGGAUCGAUCGCCGUCGCUGUUGAUCGGUUAGUGGUAAUUUGAUUUCCGAUUGCAAUUUUGAUCGCGAUGAAUUCCUAGGGUUUGGAUCGGGUAAGUUGUUCCCUUUUGAUCGGGGGAAAGGGGGAGUGUUGAAAGUUUGGGGCUUUUUUAGUUUUUAGUGUACAGAUUGUAAAUUCCAAUCUCGGGUUUGGAAUUGAUCAUCUGGGUGUUUGAAUCUAGGCGGUCAAUUUUGGGUCCAAUAUGGCUGGGUUCUUGUAAAUUUUGUGAAUCUUUAGUUAGGGUUUGGUAGGUUUUUGAAUUGAUUUGUAGAAAGGUUGUGAAUUUGAAAACGAUAUGUCGUCGGCCGGUGUUGCCGCUCUUAGUCCGGUUCACAGUGAGCCGUUGCUCACUGGUGGUAACUGUCCUGCUAUGUCGUGUAUGUCGUCGAGUGAAUCGAUUUUGAUAUACCUGUCUGUUUCGGGAUCGACUACUCCUAUGAGUGUGUUGGAAUCGGAUUCAAUUGAGUCUGUGAAGCUUAGGAUUCAGACAUAUAAGGGGUUUGUUGUGAAGAAGCAGAAGCUAGUGUGUGGAGGACGGGAGCUGGCUCGGAGUAAUUCGAUACUGAGGGAAUAUGGAGUGUCGGAUGGGAAUGUGAUGCAUUUGGUUCUUAGGCUGUCUGAUCUUCAGGAGAUCAAUGUUCGAACUAAUUGUGGGAAAGAGUUAACGUUCCAUGUGGAGCGUGGGAAAGAUGUUGGGUAUGUAAAGCAGAAGAUUGCGAAGAAUAGUAAAGAGUUUGUUGAUCUAGAGGAGCAGGAAGUUGUGUUGGAUGGAAAGCCACUUGAGGAUCAGAAGCUUAUUGAUGACAUAUGUAAACAGAAUGAUGGUGUGUUACAUUUGUUGGUUCGGAAGUCUGCAAAACUUCGUGCUAGACCCGUUGAGAAGAACUUUGAGUUGUCUAUUGUGGCGUCACAUGUGGAUGAUGGGAAAAAAGAAAUUGAUGGAGAGAAUGUGAAGCAGCAAUAUGAUGCUGGUGAGCAAGAGUUUAGCAGAGGUUACAAAGUCGAUGAGAUGAUUGAGCCAAGAAAGCCGCUGGAUAGAGAAUUUGGGUUGGAGCCUGUCAUUGUUAACCCCAAGAUUGAAUUGCCGUCUGUGAUCUGGGAUAUGGUUGAUGAAACAGUUGAAGGACUAGAGAGUGGGAAUCACCCAAUCAGAUCAAUGGAGGGUACAGGAGGAGCGUAUUUUAUGUUGGACUCAUCUGGGAAAAAGUAUGUGUCUGUGUUUAAGCCAAUUGAUGAGGAGCCUAUGGCUGUGAACAAUCCAAGAGGGCUUCCAUUGUCAUUAGAUGGAGAAGGAUUGAAAAAGGGGACAAGAGUUGGAGAAGGGGCUUUCAGAGAGGUUGCAGCUUACCUUUUGGAUCAUCCAAAGGGUGGGCGGCGUAUGUUAUAUGGUGAUGGGAAAGGCUUUGCUGGAGUUCCACCAACAUUCAUAGUGAAGUGCUUUCAUAGAGGAUUCAACAACCCAGAAGAUGUAAUGGUCAAAAUUGGUUCCUUGCAGAAGUUCAUGGAGAAUGAUGGAAGUUGUGAGGACAUGGGCCCUGGUGCGUUCCCAACUGAGGAAGUGCAUAAGAUUUCUGUUUUGGACCUGAGAUUGGCCAAUGCGGACAGACACGCAGGAAAUAUCUUGCUGAGCAAAGAGGGUGAAGGUGGCCAGACUAUGCUGAUUCCCAUUGACCAUGGUUACUGCUUGCCCGAAAGUUUUGAAGAUGUGACAUUCGACUGGCUCUAUUGGCCACAAGCACGCAAACCCUAUGCUGAGGAGGUGGUUGAUUACAUAAAAUCACUGGAUACUGAGGAGGAUAUUGCCCUUCUGAAGUUCCAUGGAUGGGAGAUGCCACCAAAAUGUGCUCGCACACUUCGGAUUUCAACCAUGCUGCUGAAGAAAGGAGUAGAGAGAGGGCUCACUCCUUUUGACAUAGGAAGCAUAAUGUGCAGAAAAACCUUGAAUAAGGAAUCUGUGAUAGAGGAAAUAGUUGAAGAAGCUAACGAUUCUGUGCUCCCUGACUCAAGUGAAGAUGCUUUUCUUGAGACUGUAUCCGAAAUUAUGGAUCGCCGUCUUGAUGAGAUUGCUGAUUCACUUUCCUGAUGUCACUGCUGAAUUAUGUGGAUAGGUAUAUACAGUUUAUAGCUUACAUGUGAUUAAUGGUGCAUGUUCCAGUAGAUCUCCAUUUGGCUCAUGCUCCUUGAAGAAUUCCAUCUCGUUUGUUCAUUAUAGACUUGAUUCUCUUUUGAUUGACGAGUUAAGGUCAUGACAAUUUCGUGUUAAAUUCCAAGGCUUUGCUUUGUAAUAGCAGUUCAGUGUUUCUAUUGAUGACAAGUUUGAUUUGGUACUAU